AUGUCCUCAGACCGCUUGUCUAGAGUGCUAGGGAGACUGCAGAAUCUUCCGUCUAUAUCUCUGCCUACAGAUUAUCCACGACCCACUGGUCCCAACAGGCUGGUCGAAGCCGUACAUUUCGCUGACCUUUCAGACCAAACAUCGCUGAGCCUGCUUAAGCUCGCAUUGCAUACAGAAGACGACCGUGUGGAGGAAGAUGAUGAUAGUUUUUCGGAAAGCCGUCCUUCUGCGUUUCACCUUUUGCUCGCUGCCUUUGCCGUCUUGCUCCAUCGAUAUACUGCCGACACAGAUCUUGUCAUCGGGUCCUCAUCUGCAUCUGCUAGGGAUCCUUUGAUUCUUCGCCUUUCUGUCGAUCCAACAGAUCCAUUCUGGGCCGUCGUUCGUCGUGUGCAGCAUGUCGAACGCGAAGCAGAAUCAGACGUUCUGCCAUUCGAGACGAUAGUGCAAGCACUAGAAAAAAAUAAGGAGGAUUCUGGCGAGACCUCCCGCCCGAUAUUCCGUGUACGCUUCUUCGACGAGACGGAUGAGCCCACGGAGAACUUCAUUCGAUCUACCAGCUUGACCUCUGAUCUUACAAUAUUUGUUACUCGACCACCAGCAUCUACGCGUGCUUCCCUUGCUCCCCAUAUCUCACUUAGAAUCAUAUAUAACUCAUUGCUAUUCACCUCCGCCCGGAUAUCGUCUAUUGUCGACCAGCUCUCCGUUCUCCUGCGCAAAGUCUCUUCGAAUCCACUGGCAUCUGUUGGAUCGGUACCUCUUUUGACUCCUUCACAACGCGACACCCUCCCAAACCCAACGGCCGAUCUACAUUGGUGUGACUGGAAGGGUGCUAUUACAGAUGUAUUCUCAACCAAUGCACGUCGGUGGCCAGACAGGCCGUGUGUUAUACAAAGCCUCCCGGCUCUUUCUCUAAACGAACCUCAAGAAACAGUCACCUACAAUUACGGAGCCAUUCGUAGAGCGUCAAAUAUACUUGCACACUAUCUUCUUCGAGGAGGAAUCCAAAGAGAGGAAGUUGUCAUGGUUUAUGCUCACCGAAGUGUAGAACUCGUUGUCGCGGUGAUGGCUGUUCUCAAAGCUGGCGCUACUUUCUCUGUCAUAGACCCUGCGUAUCCCCCUUCUCGACAAACAAUAUAUCUACAAGUCGCGCAACCUCGAGGCCUAGUGGUACUUAAAGGCGCAGGUUCAAUCAGUCCUACAGUCCGGGAAUUUUUAUCUACAGAACUCAAAAUACGCGUUGAGGUGCCUGCAUUAGAACUCGAAUGUGAUGGCAACAUUUUAGGUGGUAGCCGUGAGGGUGUCGAUGUGCUCAGCUCUCAUGUGAAUAUAGCUGAAACCGAUCCCAACGUGUCCUUGGGGCCAGACAGCAUCGGCACGUUAUCUUUCACCAGCGGAAGUACCGGCAUCCCCAAAGGUGUAAAGGGACGACAUUAUAGUCUCACUCACUUCUUUCCUUGGAUGGGUGAUCGUUUCCUUCUAGGCGAAACGUCCAAGUUUACGAUGUUGAGUGGAAUCGCACAUGACCCCAUUCAACGCGAUAUCUUUACUCCGCUCUUCUUCGGCGCACAACUUCAUGUACCUACUGCUGAUGACAUAGGGACACCAGGGCGUCUCGCUGAGUGGAUGGCUGAUAGCAGUGUUAGCAUAACUCAUCUGACCCCGGCCAUGGGACAACUGCUUUCUGCCCAGGCUACCCGUCAGAUUCCUUCCCUCCGCAACGCGUUUUUCGUAGGAGAUGUCUUGACAAAACGUGACUGCCUCCGACUUCAAUCUCUAGCAGCCAAUGUACGGAUAGUCAAUAUGUACGGGACCACCGAGACCCAACGUGCCGUAUCUUAUUUUGCCAUUCCUCCUGUCUCAGGAGACCCUACCUUCCUGACCACGCAGAAAGACAUCAUGCUCGCUGGCGAAGGAAUGAUUGACGUCCAACUUCUGGUCGUGAAUCGAAACGACAGGAACGUCCCCUGUGCGAUUGGCGAAGUGGGCGAAAUAUAUGUUCGAUCUGGGGGUCUGGCGGAAGGUUAUUUGCAGCCAGAUGCCUCAGCAGAGAAGUUCGUAGCAAACUGGUUCUCACCUCCCACAAUCCCCUGGAAGGACACCAUUCUUCACCCUCCUCAAGGUCUUGCAGGUCCUGAAUCGCGGUACUGGAAAGGUAUCCGCGAUCGUAUGUAUCGUUCAGGUGACCUUGGGCGAUACCUUCCUGAUGGGACAGUCGAAUGCACCGGGCGAGCUGAUGAUCAAGUCAAAAUUCGUGGUUUCAGGAUAGAGCUUGGAGAGAUAGACACCCACAUGAGCCAAUAUCCUUUGGUGCGAGAGAACGUCACCCUCGUACGCAGAGACAAGGACGAAGAGAAGAUCCUCGUCAGCUACUUUGUGCCCUUGGAGAGCCCUCAGCUGGAUGGUUUUGCCAGCGAACUGACAGAUAACGAUGACCAAACUGAUGUCAAGGCUGCACCCAAAUAUAGGCGACUUAUCAAAGAUAUCAGAGAACACCUCAAAAAGAAGCUGCCGAGUUACAGCGUUCCUUCAUUAUUCGUGCCCCUUCGUCGUAUGCCCCUUACCCCUAAUGGUAAGAUAGACAAGCCUGCGCUUCCUUUCCCAGAUACAGCUCAUGCUGCCUCUGCGGAGCCAAGGCACAAAACUAAAUCCCGUAAAGCCAAUCGUACGGAAGAAAAAAUGCGGGCCAUUUGGGCAAGCAUCUUACCUAGUGCACCUGUGCCCAUACCGUUGGACGAAAAUUUCUUUGAUUUAGGUGGUCACUCCAUCCUCGCUACACGUCUUAUAUUCGAGAUACGUAAAGUAUUCAUAGUCAACGCGCCAUUAGGCCUGAUCUUUGACCAGCCAACAAUUGGCGGUCUCGCGGCUGCUGUGGACGCUCUCCGUGAUCCUGACUUUGGUAUUGCUUAUAAAGAGAAAGAAAUCGAUUCACAAGGUCAAACUAACGGUACAAAGAUGUCCAAGAAACCUGCUGUAGUGAUGGAGUAUGGGCAAGAUUACGACAGUCUGGUCCCCCAGCUUCGGGCAUCAUAUCCAUCUCUACCCUCGGAUUUCGACAGUCAUUCACUAACGAUAUUCCUCACUGGUGCCACUGGAUACCUCGGUGCCUUCGUCCUUCGCGAUCUUCUUCAACGUCAGACCCGAGUGAAGAAAGUCUUCUGCCUCGUACGCGCACCUAGUGUGGACAAAGCUUUGGCUAGGUUGAAAGAAGGCUCGAGCGAUCGUGGCGUUUGGGACGAUGAGUGGGUCUCAUCUGGGAGAUUAGAAGUCUUGAUUGGGGACCUGGGACAAGAGUUGUUCGGCCUGGAUCAAGAUAUGUGGUCUCAUGUGGCAAACGAGGUCGAUGCGAUACUGCACAACGGCGCCUUGGUCCACUGGGUAUACCCGUAUGAGAAACUCCGUGCUGCUAACGUCCUUGCAACUUUGACGGCCAUCGAGCUGGCCUCUACAACCAAACAAAAACUUCUGGUGUUCGUUUCGUCAACGUCAGCCAUGGACACCGAGCACUACGUCCGACUGUCCGAUUCACUUUCGCACAUGCAUGGCAAAUACAAAGGUGUCCCCGAAUCUGAUGAUCUCGAAGGUGCAAGAAGCUUACUGAAAACUGGUUAUGGACAAAGCAAGUGGGUCUCCGAGAAGUUACUGUUUGAAGCUGGUAAAAGGGGUUUGAAUGGCCAUAUUGUUCGACCUGGUUACGUGGUGGGUGAUUCGGUAACAGCAGUGACAAAUACGGACGACUUUGUCUGGCGAAUGGUCAAGGGGUGUGUCCAACUCGGUCUUGUGCCGAAUAUCAACAAUACGGUCAAUAUGGUACCCGUUGACCAUGUCGCUCGAUGCACCGCUCUUGCUACGGUGGCCCCACUCCCCAGUUCUGCGAUGACUGUCCUCCAUAUCACUGCCCGGCCCCUCCCCUCUUUCAACAAUAUACUAUCUUCAUUGGCCCAGUAUGGCUUCGCUACAGAACAGUGCGAAUACCUCGUGUGGCGGCGUAAAUUGGAACAACACGUCAUGGAAGUGCAAGAUAACGCGCUAUUCCCCUUGCUGCACUUCGUUUUGGACGAUUUACCGACUAGUACCAAGGCACCCGAACUCGACGACUCCAACACUCAGGCUCUGCUUCACCCCCAUUUGCAGGAGCCGAAUAUGACUGUAUCGGAUAAACUGAUGGGAAUGUACCUUUCGUGGCUCGUUGGCGCAGGCUUUUUACCUCAGCCUUCUUCGCUUUCACCACAGAGGUCAUUGCCUUCCCUGAAUAGUGAUCAGAUCAUUAAGGCCGCUGGAAGGAGUGGAGUAUGAAUGAUAUGUGACUACUAGUAGUUACUAUGUAGGGUCUUCUGCUUUGGAUCAGCCUAUGUAUCGCUUCGUAGUAUUCCAACAAAACAAAAUUUUGGCGCUGUACAGUACUUGUACAUAUGUCGGAGUCUCAUUGAUUUUUCGAAUAGGGAUGAGUUGCUUCGGUCGGAACACCUGAACUCUGUGGCGAUUAACAGUUCAUUUCGAUAAAAUAGUUCGUGAAACUCUUUUGGCAAAUCCAGUUGGCUGUCAAAAUUUAAAAGCGAAGAACAAAACACCCGCACGUGUGGCCUUCUAGUGAAUCUGAUGGGCCUACAACGUUCAAUACAAACAAAUCCGCCCCUUGAAUAAAAAGACUGAAUGUUCAGGUUGUAAUGUAGUUUUGAAACCGCAGACAUCCACCAAAUUUAGACAAUGAACUGUGGUUCCUGUCUCCGUAAAUUAUUUCCCCCACAGGUUAGUUAUGGUCUCUAUAGCAUUCUAGCAUAUCGCUGACCGGCCUCUAGAAAAUGCAACUAUAGC